AUGUCCCAAAAGCUUACCCGCUUCGUCCACAAUGGCGCUGGUCUGGAGAAGACUCUGCGCCUGAUCCAGUCCGCAGCCCAGAUCGCCGCAGUUUUCACUGUCGGCAGCACGGCCGUGAGAUUGACGACUGCAAAGUUGCAAUUGGCUCUCACUCGACGAUUCUUCCGCUUCUUUGGCUUUCUCCAAUCUUUCGAGCGGGUAUCUACACUCCUCACAAGCGGGGGAAUGGGAUCCAUCGCUGGGUGGAUCGACCUUGCCAAGUGGACAUGCUUCAGUUUAUAUUUUGUACUGGAGGAUUUGACGAUCUUACAUGCCAUGGGUGUUUAUGAGGUUCCGUGGGAGGAGCGGGUCAUGCGUGAGGCCAACACCUUCUGGUUCUACGCGCUUUCUCUCUCGCUGGUGGGCUCGGUUUAUGAACUAUUGUUCUCUGGGGCUGCCAAUAAGAGUACUCAGUCGAAGCCAAAAAAUGACGAGAAGAGUGAAAACUCCGAAAAACUCGCUCUUUCUAGUGGGAAAAAGUCAGUGCUGUUGAAACAGAUGGUGGUGGAUGGGUGUGAUCUGCUGCUGCCCGCGGUAUUGUUGGAUUGGAUUCAUCCCGGGGAUAUUGUCGUGGGCGGAACAAUGGUUCUGAGUACUUUAUUGACCGGGUCGAGUAUUUGGGCUCAGGUGUGA